UCGAAAAUAAAUACCGUUUAAGUUUUAAGAAACCUCAAGCGAUCGAACGUGCAUGCACACGGCUGCGAAAUAGCGCCGCCUGCCUUCGAACUAGUUAAAAGCCAAGAAGCGCAGGUGUGCGAGUGUGUGUGUAUAUGUAUUUAUGCGUUGGUAUGUAAAACAAUAACAAGCCUCAAAAAAUGACAAUGAACGCAAAUGAAGCAGCAGCAGCGGGCGCGGUAGCCACCAAUGUCCAAACUGCUGUCGGCGCUGUCUUUGUGCUGCAGCAGCGAUGAAUCAUAGAAACGGCCGUGCCUUAAAACCAAACCGCAACAUCAACAACAAAACAAAGAACCACUGCAAAAGAACGCACAACAAUAAAAAAUUGUCAACAUGCCACUGUUGGCGAAAUGUUUUCCAUGCUUUAAAUUCAAACAUGUCGAAGUCAUUGAUAAGUUGGAUUAUAGUAAUACGCCACUCACCGAUGCCUUUCCCGAGGUGUGGCAGCACGAGCGCACGCUUGAGGAGCUCCACUUAAGCACCACACGCCUGCAAACACUGCCGCCUCAGCUUUUCUACUGCCAAGGAUUGCGCGUGCUCCAUGUGAACAGCAACAAUCUGGAGAGUAUACCGCAGGCGAUUGGCUCGCUGCGCCAAUUACAGCACUUGAAUCUAAGUCGCAAUUUGAUAGCCAACGUACCCGAUGAGAUAAAGUCGUGCAAAAAUCUAACCUUUUUAGAUUUGAGUUCCAAUUGCCUGCAACGAUUGCCUGAUGCCAUCACCUCGCUGAUAUCGCUGCAAGAGCUGCUGCUAAAUGAAACCUAUUUAGAGUUCUUGCCCGCCAAUUUUGGCCGCCUUGUAAAUUUGCGCAUAUUGGAGCUGCGUCUAAACAAUCUGAUCACAUUACCCAAGUCCAUGGUACGACUCAACAAUUUACAGCGCUUGGAUAUAGGCGGCAAUGAGUUCACUGAACUGCCAGAGGUCAUUGGAGAGCUUAAGUCGCUGCGUGAGCUGUGGAUUGACUUUAAUCAGAUAAGACGCGUUCUGCCAAAUAUUGGAAAAUUGCGGGAACUGCAACAUUUCGAAGCCAAUAAUAAUCUGCUGGACACGUUGCCGAACGAGGUCAGCCACUGGCGGAAUGUGGAGGUUCUAUCGGUGUGCAGUAACAACCUGGAAGCACUCCCCUUCAGUGUGGGCAUGCUGAAGUCCCUGGUGACGCUUAAGUGUGAGUCAAACGGUCUGACUGCUCUGCCAGACAGCAUAAGUUAUCUGGAAACGCUGGAGGAGCUGAUGGUUAGUCACAAUAAGAUCAUGUGUCUGCCUACCACCAUUGGCAUGCUGAGGCGUCUUCGCUUCCUCUUUGCGGAUGACAAUCAGCUGCGCCAGUUGCCCGACGAGCUCUGCUGCUGUAGUGAACUAAGCGUGCUGAGCGUGGCCAAUAAUCAGUUAUCGCAUAUACCACAAAACGUUGGACAUCUGGUGAAGCUGAAGGUGUUGAAUCUGGUUAAUAACUAUAUAAGCGCCUUACCUGUUUCAAUGCUAAGCCUGGUGAAUCUCACAUCGCUGUGGCUUAGCGACAAUCAAUCACAACCGCUGGUACCGCUGCAAUACCUGGACGCGAAUACCAAAACGCAGCUGACAUGCUUUAUGCUGCCGCAGGUCACCUUCAAAAUGAACAGCUUGCAACAACAGCAGCAGCAGCAACACCAACAAGAGCAAUACGAGUUUGUCUAUGCCAGUCAGCAGCAGCAGCAUUCACAGCAUGGAGGUAGUGGCAGCUUAGCUGUGAGUCCCUCGCGUCGCAUUUGCUUUGCUGAGGAGGCCACCAUACUGAGUGGGAACAAUCCACAGGAAACUUCGACAGCAGGAGCAGCAACAACAUCCAGCAAUUACGCAGCUAACAAUUAUGCACAGCAGGCUGCAGCAGCAGUUGCUCUCAACGAGCAGCUGGCCGGUUCUGUGCGCCUCAUGCGCUCACCAACACCCUAUCCGAAGGAGCUGCGACAAAUGGCCAAAUAUGUGAGACAGGCGCAGGCAAGUGCGCCGCGUUCGCCCCAGCAAGCGGAAGCAACAACAUCAGCAGUGGCCAAUGAUGUGCGCGAGGCGCGUGUGGUUCCCAAUGGCCAAGUGGCAAUGGCAGCAACACCACACUGUGAUAGCAGCAAUGCAGCAAACCAGGAUAUGGUUGAUCAUACGAUCCCAGCAACAAGUGCAAUAUACACAACCACACAGCCAGUGCAUGAGCCGCCGCACAUUUAUGGGGUCUAUCAGACCCAACAGCCCCUGCCGCAGGACUAUUAUGGCUUGGUCAACUAUGAGGCGCACUAUCAGCAGCUUUAUGUUGAUGCCAAUACGCUGCCCACCACACAAGUGAAUGGCGACCUGCAGGAUUAUGAAAUGCAAUUAUUGCAACAGCAGCAGCAGCAGCAACAACAACAGCAACCAUUGCUAUUAACACCGCGUAUGGAGCCGCCACCUUACCAUAUAGCACGCGUAUUUACAAAGAAAACUCCAGAGGAUCUAACUUUAUACGAAUCGAUGAGACAGCGCAAGCAGCAGCAAAAACAACAGCAACAGCAAACGGAGCCACAGUACUUCAGUCAAAAUGAGCAGAACAGUAGCUAUCAGGAUGCGCUCAACAGUAACCUAAAAACAACAGCCAUAAACAGCACGCACGAGGAGGACCAAGAGCAACAAAACCAACAGCAACAGUUGGACUAUCAAAAUAAUAUAAACAAUGGCGAUGAGGAUGAUGAGGAUGUCAGUCAGGUAGACGAUACGCUCUCACAGCACUCACUCAAUUCCACAGCCACCAAUAAUACGUCCAGGGCAAGCCAUAAGAAGUCCACGUGGAUAUUUGGCGUGCACAAGAAUCCAACUGUUAAACAAGUCACAUUAAAGUGGGAGCACAACAUUGGCUUCGAUAUUGCCGAGCUACUUAAUCAGGUCGGCAUCUUCGUCAGCUCCAUAACGCCCAAUUCCAGUGCCGCCCGCCUGCUUAGCCUCAAUGAUAAGCUGCUGGAAAUCGAUGGUUACGAUCUAACCAACAUGUCUCUAAAUGAUGCCAAACAUGUCCUGCACAACUGUGGUACUGUCAUCAAUAUUAUGUUGUCGCGCAAGUGACGAGAUCGAAGACUUUUCGUAUUACCCUAAAGCAUUUUGCAUGCGCAGCACCGCCAAGCCAACUCUUUUGAUAUAAAUAUCUAUUAUCUAUUUGAUAAUAUUGUUAGUUGUUAAUCGAACUCACUCACAGCCAUAACAAUACAUCCACGUUUACGCUGGCGGCCAAGGAACUUGCACUUACACAAAUGCCACACUUAUUGCCUUCAACCACUUCCCCCAAGUCAAUUUAAGAGCAACACUCGUUUUUAAUAUUAAUUGAACGAGGCAAUAUAUUCUAAGUUUAAAUAAUUAUGCUGCUAUGCGUUUUAAGAAAACGUCUGCAGAGCCCUUCCUUUCAUCUCUUCCCAAAUGAUCAUUGGACAUUCAAAAGCGUAGCUACAUUUUUUAUAAUCAAAACAAUAUUAGUUAAUUAAGAAGAAGAAUUUUCUUCUUCCUUCUCAAAUAUAUCAAGCCUUCUUUUUUUAUUUUUA